GCGCAGUGAGUGGUUGGGUUUGGGUGGAGUAAAGUUGGAUGUACUAUACCAUUUUUUUCUCUCAAAUUAGCCAGGAUACGCUACAAUGUCAUAGCAGCAAGAUCAUAAGAAUUCUAAAAGAAACCUGAUUUUAUCAUAGAACACGAGCAUUGAUAUAUCGAUAAUGGGCGAUGUAAGUGAAGAAUCGUUGUUGGAUUAUUUCUACUCAGCCGGAGGGAAAGUAAAAAAUUCAGAUUUAAUGAAAACAUACAAGCCUUUUAUUGGUCACAAGGACAUGGAGCUGCGUGCCAAAUACAGAGAGGAGUUCAAACAGAUCAUCGACAGGAUUGCUGUUGUGAAAUCAGAGAAUGGUGAGAAGUACCUAGUUCUGAAGAAGAGAUACCGGCAGCAGAAGCAGGACAGUGAGACAGAGCCUGGGACAGACAGACAGGCCAGCCCUGCCAGGCCAUCGGCCUCAGCCCAGUGGGAUGGGUCAGGGGUCUCGUCUCUCUCCAGUGCCCAGAUGGAACCAUACCUCCAGCCUGAACCGGCCAAGCGGGCAGAGGAGAGGAAGCCUUCCCGGGUGACGUGGUGUGGAAGAGGCCCCAGCAUUACUGUCACAGAGGCACCUGAGCAGGAGCACAUGCAAGAGGAUCAGCACACUGAGAAAAAACCCUCACAGUCUAUUUCGGAGGAACCCCUUGUGCACAGCAAAGUGGAGAAUGAGCCAGACAGAGACUCAGGGUCAAAGUCAGAGUCCGAAGAGCAGGAAGAGGAGUGUACGGGCAGUAUUGGCUCCACCCCAGUGGCUCUGGACCCUGUGGAGAAGGAAUGGAUCUACUCUGCUGCAUGUGGCUGUCUCUCUGACCUCGCCCAGCUGCUACAACAGGAGCCCUCCCUGGCCAACAAGAAGGUCUGGGUGCCAUUUACAGCUCUACACUGGGCAGCCAAACAUGGCAAAGAGGACAUGGCUGCCAUGAUGGCCAAUGCAGGGGCUGACGUCAACACUAAAUCUGGCUAUACACCCUUGCAUAUUGCAGCAUUGCAUGGCCAUCGAAACAUUUUGGAGCUGCUCAUUGGAACAUAUGAUGCGAAGGAGAACCUCCGGGACUACAGUGGCCAUCUUGCAUGCCAGUACCUGAACAUCAGGGAGCCUACAGAGGAUGACAGAGCAGCUCCAGAAGAGAUACAAUUCCCUGAGUUCCAUAUGGCCCAGGCCAGAGACCGCAGCAGGAACAGGAAGUUGACCUCGUUGUUCCAGUCCAAGAAGAAGUGGGGCUCAGCGGAGGAGCUAGCCCCUGUAGAGGAAGAAAAGGUGGCACUUGCACCGCAUCAACUCAUCGUCCCCGCAUUCAGACCCAGGAAAUUCUCACGCUGAGAAAGUAGGUAACCAAAUGCCCCAACAUGCAUUGAUGACAUAAGUACAUGUUCAGUCAGUGUAUGUUUAUUUGAAUUUGAAUAUAUGCUUUUAUGGUAUGUAUGCUUGUGUGUCUCGUGCCUUCAGAAAGUAUUCAGACCCCUUUACUUUUUCCACAUUUUGUUACAUUAGAGCCUUAUUCUAAAAAUUAUUAAAACGAUUUUCCCCCUAAUCAUCUACACACAAUACACCAUAAUGACAAAGCAAAAACAGGUUUUUAGAAAUGUUGCUAAUUUUUUAUUUAAAAAAAACGGAAACAUCACAUUUACAUAAGUAUUGAGACUCUUUACUCAGUACUUUGUUGAAGCACCUCUAGCAUCGAUUAUUCUUGGGGAUGACGCUACAAGUUUGGCACACCUGUAUUUGGAGUGUUUCUCCCAUUCUUCUCUGCAGAUCCUCUCAAGCUCUGUCAGGUUGGACGGGGAGAGUUGCUGCACAGCAAUAUUCAGGUCUCUCCAGAGAUGUGUGAUCGGGUUAAAGUCUGAGCUCUGGCUGGGCCACUCAAGGACAUUCAGAGACUUGUCCUGAAGCCACUCCUGCAUUGACUUAGCUGUGUGCUUGGGGUCAUUGUCCUGUUGGAAGGUGAACCUUCGCCCCAGUCUGAGGUCCUGAGCGCUUUGUAGCAGGUUUUCAUCAAGGAUCUCUCUGUACUUUGCUCCGUUCAUCUUUACCUUGAUCCUGACUUGUCUCCUAGUCCCUACUGCUGAAAAAUAUCCCCACAGCAGGAUGCUGCCACCACCAUGCUUCACCGUAGGGAUGGUGCCAGGUUUCCUCCAGAUGUGAAGCUUGGCAUUCAGGUUAAAGAGUUCAAUCUUGGUUUCAUCAGACCAGAGAAUCUUGUUUCUCAUGGUCUGAGAGUAUUUAGGUGCCUUUUGGCAAACUCAAAGUGGGCUGUCAUGUGCUUUUUACUGAGGAGUGGCUUCCAUCCGGCAACUCUACCAUGAAGGCCUGAUUGGUGGAGUGCUGCAGAGAUGGUUAUCCUUCUGGACGAUUCUUCACAGAGGAACUCUGGAGCUCUGUCAGAUUGACCAUCAGGUUCUUGGUCACCUCCCUGACCAAGGCCCUUCUUCCCCGAUCGCUCAGUUUGGCUGGGCGGCCAGCUCUAGGAAGAGUCUUGUGGUUCUAAACAUCUUCCAUUUAAGAAUGUUGGAAGCCACUGUUCUUGGGGACCUUCAAUGCUACAGACCUUUUUUGGUACUCUGUACCUCGACACAAUCCUGUCUCUGAGCUCUACAGACAAUUCCUUUGACCUCAUGGCUUGGCUCUUGCGCCGACAUGCACUGUCAAAUGUGGGACCUUAUAUAGACAAGUGUGUGCCUUUCAAAUCAUGUCCAAUCAAUUUAAUUUACCACAGGUGGACUACAAUCAAGUUGUAGAAACAUCUCAAGGAUGAUCAAUGGAACAGGAUGCACCUGAACUAAAUUUCGAGUCUCAUAGCAAAGGGGCUGAAUACUUAUGUACGGAUGAAGUCGGAAGUUUACAUACACCUUAGCCAAAUACAUUUAAUCUCAGUUUUUCACAAUUCCUGACAUUUAAUCCUAGUAAAAAUGCACUGUUUUAGGUCAGUUAGGAUCACCACUUUAUUUUAAGAAUGUGAAAUGUCAGAAUAAUAGUAGAGAGAAGGAUUUAUUUCAGCUUUUAUUUCUUUCAUCAAAUUCCCAGUGGGUCAGAGGUUUACAUACACUCAAUUAGUAUUUCGUAGCAUUACCUUUAAAUUGUUUAACUUGGGUCAAAUGUUUCAGGUAGCCUUCCACAAGCUUCCCACAAUAAAUUGGGUGAAUUUUGUCCCAUUCCUCCUGACAGAGCUGGUGUAACGGAGUCGGGGUUGUAAGGCCUCCUUGCUCGCACACGCUGUGCAGUUGCAAACCGUAGUCUGGCUUUUUUAUGGCGGUUUUGGAGCAGUACCUUCUUCCUUACUGAGCGGCCUCUCAGAUUAUGUAGAUAUAGGACUCGGUUUACUGUGGAUAAAUGUACUUUUAUACCCGUUUCCUCCAGCAUCUUCACAAGGUCCUUUGCUGCUGUUCUGGGAUUGAUUUGCACUUUUCGCACCAAAGUACAUUAAUCUCUAGGAGACCGAACAUGUCUCAUUCCCGAGCGGUAUGACGUCUGCGUGGUCCCAUGGUGUUUAUAGUUGCGUACUAUUGUUUGUACAGAUGAACAUGGUACCUUCAGGUGUUUGGAAAUUGCUCCCAAGGAUGAGCCAGACUUGUGGAGGUCUACAAUUUCCCCAUGAUGUCAAGCAAAGAGGCACUGACUUUCAAGGUAGGCCUUGACAUACAUCCACAGGUACACCUUCAAUUGACUCAAAUUAUGUCAGUUGGCCUAUCAGAAGCUUCUAACGCUAUGACAUAAUUUUCUGGAAUUUUCCAAGCUGUUUGAAGGCACAGUCAACUUAGUGUAUGUAAACUUCUGACCCUAUGGAAUUGUGAUACAGUGAAUUAUAAGUGAAAUAAUCUGUCUGUAAACAAAUUGUUGGAAAAAUUACUUGUCAUGCACAAAGUAGAUGUCCUAACCGACUUACCAAAACCAUUGUUUGUUAACAUGAAAUUUGUGGAGUGGUUGAACAUUUGUUUUAAUGACUCCAACCUAAGUGUAUGUAAACUUCCCACUUUAACUGUAAAUACCUAUUUACGUAAUUAUUUUUUUUUUUUCAUUUUUCAAACAUUCUAAAAACCUGUUUUCGCUUUGUCAUUUUGGGAUAUUGUGUGUAGAUUGCUGAACAUUUUUAUUGAUUUAAUCCAUUUUAGAAUAAGGCUGUAAUGUAACAAAAUGUGAAAAAGUAAAGUGGUCUGAAUACACUGUAUGUAUGCUUUUAUGGCAUAGAGAGCUCUAACUAUUGACCUGUUUUUUUUUUGUUUGUUUAUCGCUUUGAUUGUAUUGUAGCAAUCUUCAAACAUGAUUUGAUUGUCAUUUUAUUCAAUUUAAAAGUCUCAUUUUAUUGUAGAGAGAAAAAUGUUACAAAAACUUUACAUAUGGAGCUAUUUUGCAUUCUGCAUUGAUUUUUGUCUUGUUCUUUCAAUUUAGUCUGUAUUUGAAUUUUACUUGCCUUUUUCUCACACCGUGUUUAAUUAUGAAAGCGAACAAGCAGGUGGAAUGCAAACAUUAUUUCUCGUUGCGAGGGCUGAUGUGACAUUCCAGAUUUGAAGUGCCAUGUUUAUAUGUUGAUUGCAUUCUGUUGUCCCUUGGUUAAUAAGGGAUGUUGUUUUGUAUAAGUUCGCCCUCAGUAUUUACAUUGCAUUUCUAUUGAAGGUCAAAACAAUAACAGAUUAUUGGCACAGAAUAGUCAGUUCACAAUGAAGUGGCUGUCUUAUAAGAUUUUGAAACAAGAGUUAAUUGAUGUGCCAUGACUUUCCAUCGUGUGUUUUUUCUCAAGUUGUCAGUAUUGCCUCAGUCUGAACAUGCUUCUGAUCAAAGCUUGUUUUCUUUUGCACAUUAUUUAUAUUUUAGUAAAUAUUUUGAUAUUAAACUGCCAUUUUGUGCUACAAA